AUGAUCCCCGGCGACGCGCACAGACAGACUCUCCCGAUACGCUUCCCAAUGGAUCCUGUGCAAAACGCUACCGAAGCACAAGAAAGACCCUCAGUGGACGAGGAUGGCUCCCAAGAUCAUUUCAGAAUCAACGGGCGUGCAGUCGGCAUAAUAUCGGCGUGUUCAAGUAUCUCUACAAUGUGUGUACAAGGGCCCGAAUCGUGCUCGGAUCAACAUCGAAGGAAACCAAUGGUAACAAAUAACGAAUAUCGACGAAAUCAAGCAGCACUUAAAUACUCGCAAUGUGUGUGCCCCUGCAUGCUUUGCUGUGCACCUAGGCACUUCCAAAUGGUUUCAUUUGCGCAAAGACGGGAGCGACAAUACAUUGAUCAUGCACGCCAGUCAUUUCCAACUCUUACGGCAUACUUCGAGCUUAACAGGCCUAUACCCGUAUUGGUGGCAACGUACGCCACAACAGUGCGACGAUCCACAGGGAGCUUUACCAGUACCAAUUGCCUGAGCAUUUCACUUUCAAAAAACGUGGAUGGAAAGCGAGGAUACGAUUAG